AUGUUGCCGCUUGAAGCAACCUGCUGUGUCACCACACCCCUGUCUCGAGAGGAUGUUGAACUGUGGCCUGAGCAAAGUGUGAUUAUGAUCAAGCAGAAGACCAUCCGCUCCCAACUACAAGUUUACUGUACACUCGCUCUCGCAUCAUCAUCAGCCUUUCCAGUAUUGGACUCGAUAGCAGAUUCCAAAGACGGCAAGGACUGUGCUGGAAAAGGCAAAAGCAGAGGGCGUCCAGCAACAGCAUGCACACCAGACAGUAUCCAGCGUGUGUCCGACUUGAUACUGGAGAACAGGCGCAUCUCUUUCCAUAAACUAGAGAACGCAACAGGUUUGUCACGUGGAACACUGCACACAGACUACUCCAACAUGACAAUGCGUGGCCACAUGGCAGUCGGCAGACCACUGCCACCCUGGGUGCUCACCGUGCUGCCUCAUCCGUCAUACUCGCCCGAUCUUGCCCCUAGCGACUACGCUCUAUUCGAUGCAAUGAAAGACGUCAUGCGGGGUAAGACGUUCACCUCCAACGACGAGCUUCAGGCCGUUGUCCAGCAGUGA